AAGAAAAGAAUAUUUGGAAAAGAUAGAUAAGAUUUCUUAAUCCUAAUCAUAUUAAAAUUUGCUGACACUCAGUGGUGCCCACAGGCUAUAAAAACGGGGGUCCACAAGCUAUAAAAAAGAGCAUCGUACAUUACACAAGGAGCUUCAAACCUAUGAUUCAGUGUUGGGUUGAUGCUCCAACAAGUAGUGCCAGUUACACUUGGUGCUGACACUGCCCCAAAAACAAAGAAUGAGGGUUUUGGCAAACAUGCAAAAAAGUUGUUUGGACUGAGAAGAAAAGGGGGCACAUGUUUCAAUGUACAGGCACUCCUGCUGACACUUCUUAUCAGUAUUCUUUAGUCUUCCAAUUAAAUUUAGUAAAAACUAAUAUUAAGUUUAUUUUAUUGUAUAAUUCACUUAUUUUUUUAAGGUAAUUGAAAGUUAAAUCAUGAAGACAAGUUAUAAUACAAACAUGUUUAACAAAAAUAUAUUUUAUAAAACAGAUGAUAUUUUAAGCUUUUUAUUUUUAUUAAUCACAUUUAGAUGAAUGGAGAGACAAGUCUGCAUGCAGCAAUUGCUCAAGAAGAUGGAACAUCUCUACAUAUAGUUGACUUUCUUGUUCAAAAUAGCCCAAGUUUGGAUAAACAAACAAAAGAUGGGAGUACUGCUCUCCAUGUAUGUGCUACAUAUAAUCAGUCAGAAUGUAUGAAGUUACUAUUGCGAAGUGGAGCAAAUCCACAAAUAGAGAAUUCUGAAGGAAAAACUCCAAUGGAUGUUUCAAAAGAAAAAGGAUUUCAUAUUUGUAUGGAAUUGCUAGAACAUGCAUUACAAAAUAAGAAAACUUUAUUUGAAAAUGUCAGCAUAGAUUGGGGUUUAUCUCAAGAUGAUGGUUCAACAGAUUUUAGUGAUGAAGAUUUUGCAGAUGAACGAGGUGGCCAAAUUACACCUGAAAGGCGUUGUCGUUCACGACCAUCCAGUGUAGUAGGCAAUGAAUCUCCUACAAGCAGAUCUAGUUCUAUAAGUGAAGGAGUUAAACAAAGCCCACAUCUUCCAACGAGACCUAUGCCGCCUCCACCGCCACCUCAAAGCAAAAAACCAAUCAUUGUUGGUCUAAAUUCUCAUGGGAGUAUUAAAAAACGUGCAGCACCACCACCUCCCACAAUGGUUCAAAGUAUCCCAGGUUCUGGGAGUGGACAUAGUCGAACCCCCUCUGAUCCAGGUCUUACUCAGUCUCCUUCUGGGGUAAUACAUCGGAGGAAUCGUUCUACUGAUCUUAUUUCUAACAACAACUGUAGUUCUUCAAGUGGUAUUAGUAUAGGUAGUAGUUCCUAUGAACCUAAUAGUAAUGGUGCUUCUCAGCGGUCUCAAAGUCCUGGCAAUAUACCUUUGGGUGGCAAACUGGUUUUACCAAAAUCAAUUGAAUUUCCUGCAUUAAAAAGUUCUGUUGACAAGGUAUAUGGUACUUUGCAAAGGCCAAGAUGUCCUCCACCUCCAACACCUUUGGGUAUCUCUUGUAGUUCUGAAAAAUUAAAUAAUGGCCAGUCUACUGAAAGUUUGCUUUCUAUUAUUUCUGACAGUGAUAGUAAUCAAACUCAAACACCUAUUCCUCCACCACGUAAGCGCCAUGAUAGUUUUAGACCAAGACGUUGUAGAGCAUUGUAUGAUUGUGAAGCUGAUCGAGAAGAUGAACUCUCUUUCAAAGAAGGUGAAAUUAUCAUUAUCAUAAGUGAAAUAACAGAUGAUGAAGAUUGGAUGGAAGGAUUCAUUGAAGGAUUUCCUGAAAGACGAGGUGUAUUCCCAUCUAGUUUUGUUCAUAUAUUGAAAGAAUGAAAUAGCCUGAAAUAUAGAAUCCAUAAUUUCAUAAAACUCUGGUCAGUGUAAAGGUCUUCCAUCUAUGUCAUUUACUACAACAGCAACAACAACAACAACAACAAUUCAAAUGAUUAAAUAAGAAUUGUGAGAUGUAAUUACAGUUCUGCUUAUAGUAUAGAUAAGAUUCAUUUAACCUUUCUUAUUAGCUUUUAAAUAUGUACAAAUGUUUUCAUUUCUAGUUGAAUAAUAAUGCUCUAUAACUUUUAUAUAAUUUUAAAUUAAAGUUUCAUUUGGUUCAGUUACACAAUAACAUAUGAUUUAUUUAAUCCAUUAAUGAAAUUACCUAAUACCCUAUUCACAUUGUACAUUUUAAGCCAGUUUAAGCAAUACAAUGUGAAUGAAAUUGAGUUAAAUGUUGAUUUAAUUUUAAUUUGAAAAAGUGGAUCAGCUUAAUUUGCUUUCCCAAACAAGCUUAAAUUGGUUUCUGGCAUCAUAGGCCAGGAACAAAUUGGUUCAUUCAAAGAGUACUCUUAUAUUCAAAAUAUGAAUAAGGAAGAGAAAAACUGUAUGGAAAAUUGGUCUGGAAUAGAAAUAUAUCUAUAUGAAUAUUUGAAAAGAGAAGAUUGUGGAUUUAUAUUGAACUUAUAAUAAAGCUAUUUAUGUAUAAAUGACUCAAAAAAAUGUGGGUGAUACAAAAUAGAUCACUUUAAUUUAAUAGUGUGAAGAAGUAGUUAAUUGUGUUUUUUGUAAUUUCACUUAAUUUAAUCUUACUUAAAUUUACAUUGUGAAUAGGGUAUAGGAAUGUGUUGUGUUUAAUCUUAAAUUAAUUUAACUAUAAAAUGUUUUUGCAGAUUGAAAUUUUUAUAUUCAAUUAUAAAUAUGAAAUAGUAACUGCUUUAUUUUCUAAUAUCCACAUUUUCUUCCU